UCUUGGGAUCUGUAAUCGCCGUACUACCACAUUCAUUGCGGUGCGUAUGACUACAUUUGUGAUACUCCAGACUUGGCCGUUCGCGAGGCAGGUGCCCACUUGAAGACCGCUCAGCGACAAAAUGUACAUCAAGCAGAUUCAGAUCCAGGGGUUCAAGAGCUACAAGGAUCAAACUGCGGUCGACCCUUUCAGUCCGGGCCACAAUGUCAUCGUAGGGAGAAAUGGAAGCGGAAAGAGCAACUUCUUUUCUGCUAUCAGGUUUGUGCUUUCCGACCAAUAUGCAACGUUGACUCGAGAGGAGCGACAAGGGCUUCUGCAUGACUCCUCAUCGUCAACAUCAACGACGCUGUCUGCCUUUGUUGAGAUUACUUUUGACAAUGCGGAUAAUCGCUUCCCUACUAACGGGGAAGAAGUCAUUCUACGAAGAACCAUCGGACUGAAGAAAGACGAGUACAGUAUUGACAGGCGUAGUGCAAGCAAAGCAGAUGUCGGCAACCUGCUGGAGGCAGCGGGCUUCUCGCGCGCAAAUCCGUACUACAUCGUACCACAGGGACGCAUCACUCACCUCACCAAUGCAAAAGACCAUGAGCGUCUGGACCUGCUCAAAGAAGUCGCCGGGACAAGGGUGUACGAACAGCGCAGGUCAGAGUCUCUCAAAAUCAUGGAGGACACUGAAGGAAAGCGUGCAAAGAUCCACGACCUGCUGGACUAUAUCGAGGGAAAGAUUGCAGAGCUCGACGAAGACAAGGAGGAGUUGCGCGAAUACUACAAGAGAGACAAGGAGCGUAGAUGUCUCGAGUACACCAUUUACCAACGAGAGCUGGAAGACGUUGCCGAGGUCCUCGAGAGAUUGGAGGAAGAGCGGGUCAAGGAAUUAGGAUCAUCCAGCGCUCAGGUUCAAGAAUACAACGAAGCCAGCAAAGUUGCCCUCAACCUGGAAGAGCGGGUAGCGAUUCUUCGUCAAAACAUUGAGAAACGUCAGGUGGAGAAGGCACAAGCGGAGCAAGGUCGCAGAGAGCUCACCAAAGCCCUAGCUGAGCUGCAGAUGCUUGUCUCAGAGAUGGAGGAGGCUGGCGACAACGCUGCCGUUGAUCGUGAAGCGGCACAGAAAGAGCUUGAAUACCUCGACGCGCAGAUCAAUAACAAAGAGGCUGAGCUGAUGAGCAUUAAGCCACAAUGGGAGGAAAGGGGUAAGGAUUUGAGCAGUGUGAGAGAGGAGCUGGAAAGGAUCAAGGCCCGCAUUCGGACGCUACACAGCAAGCAGGGCCGUGCCGCCCAGUUUAAAUCAAAAGCCGAGCGCGACAAAUGGCUCCGGAGUCAAAUCGCCGAUUUGCAGCAAUACUCGCAGGCGCAAUAUCAACGGAUCGAGCAGACCAAGGAUGAGAUACAAAAUGCACGCACCAAGCUGAACGAGGCAGAGCAGAGACGGGGAGAGACCAGUGAACGCAUCGAGGGGCGCAAGGAGCUACUCCAAUCACUUUCAAAGGAAUGGCGCGCUGCAAAGGAAAAGAGGGACACUGCAAAUGAGCAGAAAAAAGAGAUCUGGAACGAAGAGGCCAAGCUUUCUUCAGAGCUGGGAUUCAUUCGUGAUCAGCUAAAUGUAGCGCAGCGCACGCUUGCUGGCACCAUGGACAAGGCCACUGCAAGCGGCAUCUCUGCGGCAGAAAAGAUAGCUUCCCGUCUGGGCCUGACGGGUGUGUACGGCCCGCUAUACUCUCUCUUCACAGUGGAUGACAAGUACAAAACUGCGGUGGAGGUGACUGCAAACACAAGCUUGUUUCACAUCGUUGUCGAUACCGACGAGACAGCAGCAAAAGUUGUCGAUGUGAUGAACAAGGAGCGCAGUGGGCGAGUCACCUUCAUGCCGCUCAACAGGUUGAAGUCGCGCAACAUCGACUUUCCGCAAGCCAACGAUGCUGUGCUCAUGAUCAAGAAGAUCCAGUUCGAAGCUAGGUACAGGCCCGCCAUGGAGCAGGUUUUUGGAAAAACCAUCAUCUGUCCCAACCUCGAAAUUGCCGGGGCUUAUGUGCGCAGUCACCGCGUCGACGCCAUCACGCUAGAUGGGGACAAGGUCGAGAGAAAAGGUGCGCUGUCUGGCGGUUUCCACGACCCAAGGGGCAGCCGAAUCGAUGCGGCCAGAUUCUACCAUCGACUCAAGGAUCAGGUAUCUGCUGGCAAUGACAGGCUCGAUGUUUUGAAGCAACAAAUCGUGCGGCUCGAGCAAGAGGUCACGUCUCAUCUUGGGCAAAUGCAGACAGUCGAAACGAAGCGACGGCAGCUCACCGAGUCCAGAGGCCCUUUGCUCGACCAAUUGACCUGGCUCAGGAGGGAGGAGGAGAGCUGCUUUGACAGGCUGAAGGGACUUGAACGCAUUCAGGCAGAGCAAAUGAUCGACCUCACCACGACCCAAGAGCAGGUCCAAUCGUUGGAACAAGAGCUCAGGUCAGCGCUGAGUGAUGGCCUGUCGUCUGAAGAGGCCACCACCCUCGAGCAGCUCAACACUCGCAGCGAAGAACUCAACAAGUCACUGAAGCAUCUGACUCGUCAAGUCUCAGAGCUUGAAAGCACCAAGACGAGUCUCGAGAUUGACCUUGACGAAGAUCUUAAGCGCAGAAGGGAGGAGAUCAGAGCGCAACUCGAAGGCUUGAGCACCGUCAUAGGCCCGAACCUGGAUGCGGGCGCUGUACAGGACUCUGAUGUUACAGCUCGGAAGCGUGAUCUGGCUACACUUUCCAAGAGGAUCAGCGAAAAAGAAGUCAUUGCAACACGGACAUCUGCUGCAUUGGAAGAACUGUCUCAAAGCUUGCGAGAUGCCGAAGGCGAACUCGAGACACUACGCGCAGAUCAAGGCGAAUUGGCGCGAUAUGUCGGAAAGCAGCAAAAGGGCAUUGAGCGGUAUGUUAGCAAGAAGCAGCGUCUUGCCGAACAGCGCGACAAGUGCAACAAAAAUAUUCGUGAUUUGGGCGUUCUCCCAGAAGAGGCAUUCGAGAAUGGCAAGUAUUCCACAAUGAAGCCGGACAAGCUUCUGAAAAUGCUCCACAAGGUCAAUGAGAGCUUGAAACAGUAUGGACACGUCAACAAGAAAGCUGUCGAGCAGUGGAACAACUUUACAAAGCAGAGAGAUCAGCUGAAUGACCGCAAGGCCGAGCUAGAGAGCUCAGCGGAGUCCAUUCAAGAGCUAAUCGAGCACCUGGAUCAGCGCAAAGAUGAGGCCAUCGAGCGGACGUUCAAGCAAGUCUCGAAGAACUUUGAAGACAUUUUCGAGAAGCUGGUGCCGACGGGUCGUGGGCGGCUGAUCAUGCAGCGCAGAGUGGACCAGAACCCCGAUGCGAUGGACAUAGAUGGCGAUGACGCCAAGAGCUCCAUUGACAACUACACCGGAGUAGCGAUAAAGGUCUCUUUCAACUCCAAAGUGGAUGAGGGCAUCAGAGUCCAGCAACUGUCAGGCGGUCAAAAGUCGCUCGUGGCGCUCGCAACUGUGUUUGCCAUUCAGAAAUGCGACCCGGCGCCUUUCUACCUAUUUGACGAGAUCGACGCCAAUUUGGAUGCACAGUACCGUACAGCCGUUGCAGCCAUGAUUCACGAGCUCUCCGAAAAUGCUCAGUUCAUUACCACCACGUUCCGCCCUGAGAUGGUCGCCGUGGCCGAGCGUCAUUACGGCGUGCUGUUCAACGCGCAAAAGAUCAGCACAAUCCGCACCAUCACGCGGAGUGAAGCACAUGAGUUUGUUGAGGCCAGCGCUGAGCCUGCCAAGUGAACAUUGCAUUGUUGUUUCGUUAUUGUUCAUGUUUCUCUUUCGCCCUUUUGUUUGCAUUGUAAUAACAUCCCGUGCCUCG